AAACCACCCCUGCUUGAUAGCCCCGUGCCAGAAAUCUGGGGAAAAGAGCCCUGGUGCUGCCCCAGGGUGGCUCCAGAGGGAGUCGUGUCUCAGCUUCCUCUUCUUUUACACUUUAUUUGUUGUUUUUUUCCUCCCAUGUGACAGCACCAGUGCCUUCACUGCCCCCAGGGGCCUCAGGUGAAAGUCAGGAUGCAGGAGAGGAGUGAGGACUUUUCUUCAGUCUAGAGAAAUGUUUGCAGAGCAAAACUCAACGGGGCAUUGAGCUUGGCAUGGGACUCCCCAGGGCUGAGCAGGGAGAUGGAUUUGGGGAUAAAAUCCAUCAUUUCAAGCCUCAGACCUUGCCAAGCCAGAUUCCUCCAGAUUCCAAGGUUCUGCUCCAGAUUCCAAGGUUCUGCUCCACACUCCAAGGUUCUGCUCCACACUCCAAGUAUCUCCUCCAGAUUCCAAGGUUCUCCUCCAGAUUCCAAGGUUCUGCUCCAGACUCCCAAGGUUCUGCUCCACACUCCAAGGUUCUCCUCCAGAUUCCAAGGUUCUGCUCCAAACUCCCAAGGUUCUGGUCCAGACUCCAAGGUUCUGCUCCACACUCCAAGGUUCUGCUCCAAACUCCAAGGUUCUCCUCCAGACUCCAAGGUUCUGCUCCGGAUUCCAAGGUUCUGCUCCAGAUUCCAAGGUUCUCCUCCAGAUUCCAAGGUUCUGCUCCAAACUCCCAAGGUUCUGGUCCAGACUCCAAGGUUCUGCUCCACACUCCAAGGUUCUGCUCCAAACUCCAAGGUUCUCCUCCAGAUUCCAAGGUUCUGCUCCAGACUCCAAGGUUCUGCUCCACACUCCAAGGUUCUGCUCCAGACUCCAAGGUUCUCCUCCAGAUUCCAAGGUUUUCCUCCAGAUUCCAGGCUUCUGCUCCAGACUCCAAGGUUCUGCUCCGGAUUCCAAGGUUCUGCUCCGGAUUCCAAGGUUCUGCUCCAGACUCCAAGGUUCUGCUCCAGAUUCCAAGCAGGCAGGUGCCUUGGUUUGGAUACAGAACCUGGGGCUUUAGCUCAAGAAUCCUCAACAUCCUCACCCCUCUCCUUCAUCCCAGAAUUCCUUUAAAAUCCUGGUUUAAGGGGAGGAGAGAGAAGGAAGCAGGGAAAGGAGGAGAUGUUGGUUUGGGCUCCACAUUUGGAGUUUCCACUCACUGGGCUGGAAGGGGAAGGAAAUGUCCAACCCUUUUCCCAGCAGCUGCAGGCUUGGAGAGGGGGAAUGUGCCCUGGGAAAGGUGAAGGAGGGAAUCCCAACUCCUCAAUCCCAAAGAUAAAAGUGGGGAUGGGAGAGAGGACAAAAAUCUGAGCAGCUCUC